GGUGACGACGUGAUAGCCCAGAAGUCGGGUAGCAUACGUUACCGCGGCACCGCGAGCGCUCGCAGCACGACCGCCCCGUUGCCCGCGAUCUGGGAAAACCGUGUCGUUCUCGCCCAGACCCUCUCACGGCGGGGUAUAAAGAGAGCCAAAGCGGGACGGCUAUUGUGCGAGGCUAGCUUGUCUUCUGCCUCGUCUGAGCCGCAUCAUGCGUCUCGCUGUGUUGCUGUCGGCCCUCGUGGCGUGUGCGUCGGCCGGCGUGCCCUUAGCACUUGGCGGCGGCUCGCUUGCCGGUGGUACACUGCUAGGCGGUGGUCUCGGACCAGCCACGUUCGUUGGCGACGGCCUGGGCACUGGAGCUCUGGGCCACCUCGGUGGUGUCGACGGCAUCGGUGGUCUUCACGGCCUGGGUGUUGGAGGACUAGGUGUCACCGGCCUAGGACUUGGCACGCUGGGUCUUGGUGGCCUCGGAGGCCUAGGAGCCCUGGGAGGUGGAGGAGCCAUCCUCGGUGCCGGUCCGACCGUGGUGGGCGUGGCGAGUCCUGGGGCGACUCCAGUGGCUGCUGCAGCAGGCCCGGCGACUGUGUCCGGCCCGGUGAGCGUUUCGGCCCCAGUCAAUAUCGCUGGUGGUGUGGCGACUCCCGUGGCGUCCGUGACAUAUGUCAAACAGCCAGUUAUUAAGCUACGCUACGUGACCAGGCCCGUCACCACAUACGUGAGGCAACCAGUCGCAACUCUGACGCACACCAUAAAGAAGAUCGUCAACUACAACGACGCCGGAGCCCUGUUAGGACUCGGUGGCGCUCGUGACUUAGAUAUCGGUGGGGCUCUGGGAGGUGGUGACGGAUUGGGUGGAGGUGACGGAGGUGACGGAGGUGACGGGGGCGACGUAGGCACUGGUGGAGGCAUCGAUGGUGGCAACGGCGGCGGUGGCUUCAGGGGCGGAAGUGGUGGCGGAAAUGGUGGCGGUGGUGGCUUCGGUGGUGGCAGUGGUGGUGCUGGCGGUGCUGGCGGCUUUGCUGGUGGAAACGGUGGCGGUGGAUUCGGUGGUGGCAGCGGUGGCGGAAGCUUCGCUGGAGGUCACGGUAGUAGUGCAAACUUCAACGGGGGCAGCGGAGGUGGGGGAGGUUUCCCCAGAGGUCCCGUCGGAGGCGGAGGCUUUUCUGGCGGCGGUGGUACCAGCGGCGGCGCAGGAGGCUUUUCCGGAGGACAUGGUGGUGCCGGUAGCGGCGGUGGCUUUGGAGGAAGCGGCGCUAGUAGAGGCCUUGGAGGAAACAGUGGCGGGGGCUUCGGGGGAAGCGGUGGUGGUAGAAGCUUCGGAGGUAGCAGUAGCGCGGGCUUCGGUGGCGGCCACAGAAAUGCCAUUGGUGGUGGAUUUGGAUCCGGCAACGAUGGUGGAUUCAAGCCUAUGCGGAUACCAGGACGAGGACCAUCCUUCAACGUGUAUAGGAAAAGUAAUUACUGAGCCCUCAGCAAUAGGUCCCACAUGUAACAAAAAGGGUGGUGAGCUUCGUCUGCGGGCAGCUUGCCUUCAAAGAAGUUUAUCCAAAGUAUCCAGAUCAAAAGUCACCCACCAGCCACAAGCUACUUCAGGAAUGCGUGCAUCAGUGCGUGUCAUGCGGUUCCAUUGUCUGUACAGUACUGCCUCUCGCCCCUCAUCAGUUUGCCGCCAUUGUUUUUCGCUAAGUAUGCCUCUUGCUGUACAAAGCUAUCAAAUAAAUUUGUCUGUGACAAGUGUUA